CUCCCUUUUUCCAUCUACGACAAUGCCUAAGCAAGUCCAGGACAUUAAGAACUUCCUUGAGAUCGCCCGCAGAAAGGACGCAAAGUCUGCUCGCAUCAAGAAGAACGCUGACACUGUCAAGUUCAAGGUUAGAUGCUCUCGUUACCUUUACACCUUGGUCGUCAAGGAUGCCCAGAAGGCUGAGAAGCUCCGCCAAUCUCUUCCUCCUGCUCUUGUUGUUAAGGACAUCUAAAUGCUAGCUUUGGCGAUUUAAAUGUUCAAGGAAUAUCGAAUACAAGCAAUAAAAAACGAAAACCUCAUUUUUCGACUUUAAUUCCUUAUUAUCAAAAGUAGUAGAGCAUACACGAAUGUGUUUUUAACGUUACAAGGGAUAUCAGGCAUGUCACGCGAGCAGCCUUUAAUUAUAUGAGACCUGAUGAAUACUAGUGUGUAAAGGCAUUGACAGUGUUGUAAAAAGUCAUAUCUCCAUAACAUUGCUUAGAUUCGUUGCUUACAACUGUAAAAUGUUACCAAUGUCAUCGUAUGGUGUAGAGGUUUCAUCUUUUGAGCUCAAUGCACUGGUUUCCGAUCGAACCACAGUCAUCUGCUUGACGAUUUUUUCCAGGCGUGUUUCAACAGGCAGGUCCACCAACUCUGGAGAAAAAUGAAUUGAAACAGUUUAAGCAAGACUUUUUC